CGAAUUACAAUCAAUCCCUGCGCUUUUUAUAAAAAAUCUGACAUUUUCUUUUUUUAUAUUUUCUCUCUUAUCUCUUUUUUUAUUUUAUCAGAAAAGAAAAGAAAAAAUGAAGUCUUACACUGUGGAAGAAGUAGCUCAACAUAAUACAGCCCAAGAUAUUUGGAUUAUUGUGAAUGGAAAAGUUUUUGAUUUAACCAAGUUUAUUAAUGAACAUCCCGGUGGAAAGAAGGUGCUUUUGAAAAAAGCAGGCAAAGAUGCUUCCAAGGAAUUCAAAACCUUUCACAAUGAAGCAAUUAUGCAACGUGUAGGUCUUCCUAUGCAAAUCGGUGUCAUUGGUACCCCACAAGAAAAAGAGCAACCUAAGCCUAUUGUUGUUCAGGACAAAGUCGUACCUGUCAAACAAUCCGUCGAUAUUCAUCAACUUGUAUCUGGAGAUCAUGCCAAAUUUGGUGAAGGUAUUCCCUAUGGCGAUCCAACUUGGUAUCAAGAGUGGAACAGCCCUUAUUAUAAUGAAUCUCAUAUCAAACUCCGUAAAGAAAUCCGUGAAUUUGUUGAUAAGGAAGUCAUGCCUUUCUGUCAUGAAUGGAGUGAAGCCAAAGCCAUUCCUCGUGCCAUCGUAAAACGUGCUGCCGAAAUGGGUCUCUUGAACGCAGUUUCUGGUGCUGCUAAAAACCCCAAGAACGCCUCUCUCAUGACCUACCCUUUACCAGGCGGUAUCAAGCCUGAAGAUUUUGAUAUCUUUCAUGAAUUUGUCUGUGUUGACGAAAUCGCUCGUUGUGGUUCUGGUGGCUUUAUCUGGGCUCUCUCGGGUGGUUUAGGCAUUGGUUUACCUCCCGUGUUAAAUUUCGCGACCAAGGAAAUCAGAGAAAAGGUCGUACCUGGCUGUCUUGCCGGUGAUAAGUUUAUUGCUUUGGCUAUCACUGAACCUUCCGCUGGAUCCGAUGUCGCUAAUUUAAAGACAACCGCUGUGGAUAUGGGAGAUCAUUACAUCUUGAACGGUGAAAAGAAGUGGAUCACCCAAGGUGCUUAUGCAGAUUAUUAUACCGUUGCUUGUCGUACCGGUGGUCAAGGCAUGGGUGGUGUCUCACUCUUGUUGGUCGAACGUACCAUGCCCGGUGUCACUGCUCGUUACAUGGAUACUCAAGGCAUGUGGGGAUCUGGCACGAGUUAUAUCACCUUUGAAGACGUCAAAGUACCCAAGGGUCAUAUCAUUGGUAAGGUCAACCAAGGUUUCAAGUACAUCAUGCACAACUUCAAUCAUGAGCGUAUCGGUAUUAUUAUGCAAGCCAACCGUCUCGCGCGUGUCUGUAUUGAAGAAUCAUUAAAGUACUCCAUGAAGAGAAAGACAUUUGGUGUGAGUUUGAUUGAACACGCUGUGAUUCGAAAUAAAUUUGGUCACAUGAUCCGUCAAUGUGAAUCCACACAUGCCUGGUUAGAAAGUGUUUUAUAUCAAUUGCAUACCCAACCUGAAAAGGUGACACCCAACCUUUUGGCAGGACCUGUUGCCCUGCUAAAGGCACAAGCGACACAAACCUUUGAAUAUUGUGCUCGUGAAGCAGCUCAGAUCUUUGGUGGGUUGGCCUAUACGCGUGGUGGACAAGGUGAAAAGGUGGAACGCUUAUACAGAGAAGUCAGAGCUUAUGCCAUUCCUGGUGGUUCUGAAGAAAUCAUGUUGGAUUUAGGUGUCCGACAAGCAUUAAAGCAAGCUUUAGAGGCUUCUAAACCCAAAUUAUAAACUAACACCUUGAUAAUGUACCCCUUAUUUCUCAC